AAAGAAACAGAGAAAGAAAAUGUAAAGAAUCUUCACUGAAGCCAACAAGAAAAACUAAGGAAUUUAGUUAUGGAGGUUUACAAGAUUCUAGUCGUUAUCCUCGCAAUUUUUCUUCACCGUGGAAAUGGCCGGACGACUGGGUUUAAAAAAGUCGUGCGUGGAAUUCAAGAUGGCAGAGUCCUGUCCACGCUGGGUGCUGCCGCAUGGAGACAAAAGAGAUCCCCUGGUGACGAGCCCAGUUGUUACACUGGCAGAUUUGUGUCAUUUAGUUUGCCGAGCAACAAGAAAGUUACUGUUCCCAUUUGUAAGAAGAUUACCUCAUCCAUAACCGCAUGUUUUAGUUCAAUGGCAAACAACAACAAUCAAAGGAAAUGUGUUCCGUCCCGUAUGAUCACAAUGGAAGGAGUGGCGUUUAACACAGCCUGUUCAUGUGCACCAUAGAAUACUUCAAGCUCGAAACUUUUGAACCCCACAAUGUGUCAGGAACACAAGGACUAAAUUAUAUCGACCGUUGCAAUAUUUAUCAUUUCAUCAUGUGUGCGUUUCAU